GAACUCUGGAGAGGAAGCAGGGCGAGGAGUUAGCGGAUAGAAACCAAUGAGGAAGCAGGAGGGCGUCCCGAAGAUGGCACAUUCAGCCAAUCACAAGGAAGGAGCCGACUGCGUGCAGAGGGAGUUGGUGGGCCCGCGGGAAUGGAACCAGAAAGGGAAGAGGAUUGGGAAGAGAUUGGCCAGAAAACUGUUCCUGCACGUGGUGACCCCGAUAUGGUACAAGGGUAUCCAGGGCAGCCGCCGCCUGAGCAGAGCUGUGGCCCCAGAAGGCAAUCAGCAGAAGGGGAGAACACUGCUCCAGUUCCUGGCUGACCACUUUUAUGACAUACAGGCUCUGAGGGAGUACCUGCUCCAAAGGCAGACAUUGAAGGUGCACCAGAAAAACCGAUCCUUCACCUACAUCAAGGAGCGCUACGGCCCCUACAUCGCCAGCGCCUAUUUCAUCCUGAAGCAGGGAGGUGCAGUCAAGUUUCAGGGUAAGGAGUGGACCCGGCCGGACAGGCGAGGCCACAUCUCCCCCGAGUUCCUGGAGUUCCGGGCAGUGCCUGUGGAGGCCGUUGAUGCCAGUAGAUGUGUCAUCAAUUACCAAGGCCUGGACAACAUCUUGGUCCUGAAGGGGCUCCGGUCCCUGUGGCUGCAGCGCUGUCCCCAUGUAGACGACUGGUGUCUCAGCCGCCUCCACCAGCUGGCUGACUCACUGCAGGAGCUCUCACUGGCUGGCUGCCCCCGAAUCUCCGAGCGGGGCCUCGCUUGCCUCCACCACCUCCGGAACCUGCACAGGCUAGACAUCUCAGACCUCCCUGCCGUGUCCAACUUGGACUUCAUGCAGAUCUUGGUGGAGGAGAUGCUGCCCAACUGUGAGGUUCUGGGGGCUGACUGGGCUCGGGGCCUCAAGUUGGGGCCAGAGGAGCAGUCUCGGAACACAGCCAGCCCCGUCCCCACCCCCAGCUAGCCUUCAGCCUGUUCCCCAUCAAGCUGGAUCUCAGUGGGGCUAUGUGCAGUGUCUGCAGUCUGGCUUCCAGUUGGUUCACGCAGGGUGAGGGUGGGGCUGGAUGAGGUGUGCCACCAGCAGGUCCGAGGGAAGGGGAGCAUGACGUCAGCCUACCUCAGGGGGGCACUACUCCUGGCAGCCCCUUCCACUCAGUAUCUCUCUUCCCAGUGCCAGUAACUUCUUCCUGCCUCUUCAGGCCUGGGGAGGCACGGGCCGCCGGAGGAGCCCCCUCGUGGUUUCCCUACACCUUGCCCACUGCUGUGACAAUGGACUCUUGACACUUGAGUGUGCUAUUUCCCACUGGGACCCAGACUGACACAGGGGCUCUGCCCUGUGGGGGCCUCGGCCCACACUCACUAAAUGCCAGUAGCAUCCAAGUCCCAAGGUGUUCCCGCGUAGAGGUGUACUAGCUCUGCUCCAAAUUCAACAUUUUUGUUUGCUCUGUGAAAAUUGCCAUGGGCCUUUGAAAUCAGUUUCCUUUGCUAACUGGCAUGAUGGGGCUGCCAGUAGAGGGCGUGCGAGACAUCUGAGGAGGAAAGCCUCUGCUUCCCACUCCACAGGUGCUCGCGCUCAGCAGGCUCCUGCCCCGGUGCCCCCCUGCCCUGCGGGCAGCUAGAGGAGGAGCGCUUCCCGGGGGACACCUCCUUGUGAGCGAUUCUGCCGGGCCCCAAAAGGUGGAUUUCCCAUAAAUUCCGAGGAACCUUCCCAGUGAAUCCUCUGAUUAUUUCAAUUUGCAGUUAAAGUCGCUAACUCUUAUAUUAAACUACCUGUUGAAGUUA